GCUCGAUCACCGGUUACACCUGUUACACCUGAUACACCUGUGUAAUGCACCCGCGGUCGCUUAGGUUUCGAUUUCACAGAAACGGAACCUUUGAAAAGAGGCUUUUGUUUGAGGUCGGAGUCUGAAUCCCGGACGGACGACAGGGAGCGAGGCGACGCGGCGUCGCUGGUACUUUACACCGUUUGUGAUGGUGGUUUUCGUGCGUUUGGAAGCUGUCGUUGUGGAGAAACCCUUUAGUUUGAACCGUUUUCAGUGAACGAACCGUUAGAGUUGACCAGCUUCUCAGUGUCCCGUCCAUCACUAUUCGAGAAGGACGCGAUUCAAAGGUGGAGCGUUUUGGUGCCACGUUCGGCUCCUUGCACCAAACAGCCCCAUCAGAGGAGGAGGAGGAGGAGGAGAUCCGAUCGGUGAUGCGGGCGGGCUCUAACAGACCUCAGACCAGGGACGCAGUGCUUGGAGCGCGUGUGGCGGUCUGAGUGCCGCGAUGGAGGUCGCAGGCCCCCCCGCCCCCUCCGAUGUCCUGCUUCGGCGCCCGUGGCUUCCGGUGAGCAUCGGCGGGUGCCAGCUGCUCGCCAAGAGCUGGUUCGGGGAGACGGCGGCGUACCACGUCCUGCUGACGGACGUGAGCUGCGUGUGGGAGGAGAGGAUGGACUCCUCGGCCAUCCAGAGGAGAGCAAAGGAGCUGAACAGACGUCUGCAGGCCACGGCCGAGGCCUUCUUCUCCCAGCUGUGUGACGUGGUGCGGCCGUGCCUGACAGGAAGUGACGGGCCGCCCGACGGCGACGCCCACUUCUCGCUGACGCGGCAGCAGGACGGGAACAUCUGCAUUAAGCUGAAGAGCAAGCUGGCGGAGCUGCCCUUCUACUGGGAGUUCCACUGCACCCCCGCCCCCGUCCCCGUGGUGUGCAAUCAGCUGGUGCGCCCCCUGCUGGCCAUGAGCCACCUGCUGCAGCGGCAGGUGGAGCAGCUGGGAGGUCUGCUGGGAAGGAAGGACGCAGAGAUCCAGGACUACAGAGAGAACGGAGCCACACUCAGCAGAGAGCGGCUGCAGACGGACAUCUUUGAGAAGGAAACUUACAGAGAGGAGUUCAUGUCAAAGGCUCUACCUCUCCUGCCCUCAGAGCAGUCAGAGGCUCUGGGUUUCAACGUCGACCUCCAACGUCUGUACGGCGCAGUGGUCGCCCGCGGCAACGCUCGGAAACGCAAGCUGUCCGAGGAGCAGCAGACCGCCGCCAGCGCCCCGUCUUUGGGUCAGUGUAGCAUCGCAGGUGGAUCCGUCGCCUCCAGUGAAGCAGGCGAGAGCGGGACGGAGCAGGGCGCCGUAUCGAAGAUGGCCGACAGACCCGCUGUGCCACAGUCUCUCCCUGUCCUGUCCAAUCCGGCGGCACGGCCAUCCUCCAAACCAAAGAAGAAGAAAGCAGUGGGCCUGUUCCGCUGAGCGCACGUUCAGACCUUCUCCAACCUGUGGAAGGAUCUGCUUCUUUUAACCGAUUUUAACCUUUAUUUAUGCCUCAGAAAUCGGCUUUUAGAUUGAAAUGCAUUUUGAUGUCAGUAUUUUAAAGUGUUAAAUAAAGAUGAUUUGUUUUUUA